AGAGAGAGAGAGAGAGAGAGAGAGAGAGAGAGAGAGAGAGAGAGAGACGACGGAAUAUGAGAAUGCGUUACAAAUUAUUUUGUAUGAGUUUGAUUGCGAGUUGUAAAGUGAAAGAACUCUCGUCAUGCCAUUACAAAUUAUUUAACAGGACCCAAGUAAAAAAAUGUAGAGCCUUAGGAUUUAAAAUUGUUGGAGUAUGUUGAGAGGAAGAUGGAAGGUUCAUGUAGAACCAUCCAACUGGUGCUGCGCGGCGUCAGUGCAGCAUAGCUGAGCCCAACACAACAGUCUACUGUAACAUAGACCCAAGAAAGACCUCGAGUAUAACAGAAAAUAUAAUGAAAGUGUAAUAAUAUAAAAUAUGCUAGAAAGUGUGAGAGAGGAACUUUUCCUCCUCUCAAGUUAAUAAGUUUGUGAAAAGUUGAAAUGAUUACUUGUGCCUCGAAGCCAGUGGUGUAUAGUGUGUAGUUCUGCUUUCUUCAGUUUAAUUUCGAGUGUGAGCGUGGAGGAGGAGGAGGAGGCGGGUCCCCGCGGUGCUGAGGGAUGACACUGUCUACACGCCCCAGUUAAUUGCAAAAGGUUUUCCAAUUAUGCGAGAAAAAUGCAGCAGUUCUGAAACCACAGAAAACAAAAUUUAGUGAAAAAUUUAUUGGCUUUGAAAAGAAUUGCAUUUCUCCACUAUGUUUGCAUGUGGAUUAGUGUGGGCGUGGCGGGUGUGGGCGUGGGCGGUGGUGUUUACAGGUGCAUCAGUGGGCGUGGAGGGGUUCAUCAUGUCCUCACACCUGGUCUCCACCCGCAACGGUGACCUCAGAGGACUCAUAGUGACCCCUAACAACCGCGCACUGAAACACGUCGCUGUGUUCCUCGGGGUGCCGUAUGCCGCCCCGCCUGUCGGGGACCUCCGCUUCAUGCCCCCUACGUCCCCCCUCCAGUGGUCGGGCAUCAGGACGGCCAACACCAUGCCCCCCGUGUGCCCACAGAAGCUUCCUGACGUUACUAACAGACGCGAGGCGCUCAAGCGCAUGCCCGAAGGUCGCUUUAACUACCUUCAGCGCCUCCUCCCGCAUCUCAACAACCAGAGUGAAGACUGUCUCUACCUCAAUAUUUACACUCCAGUCAAAGUCUGUGACCUGAAGUGA